CACACCAAUGCGUCCACGCAUCGUUCCCCUGAUCGCUACCCUCGCCCGCUCGCAGUCGCCGCACCCCAAAUCCACAGGGCCAUCCCCAUCCAGAUCCAGGCGUCGAUGCUGCGCCGCCAGCCCACCCGCAUCGACCUCCGCAGCUCCGACCGCGACGAGCUCGAGGAGCACCUCCGCUCCAAGGCCGCCGCCGCCGCCGCCGCCGAAUCCACGCCCCUCUUGACCCCGCGCCCGUCCAACCCCAUCUCCAACCCGCUCCUCCGCCUCCUCCACCCGCCGCCCGACGCCGCGCCCUCCAAGGCCCAGCGCAUCGGCCUCCACCCCCCGCCCCCCCAGCCCUAG